GGCAGUUCAUGGGAUAUUCUCCUCAGUAAGGGAGGAGAUACUAACAGCAUUGAUUCUUCCGCCGACGACAACUUCCAAGUCAUUGACAUCGACCUCUUCGAUACGAGCAAGGAGACCAUUGCCGACUUGAAAACAUCCAAGAAAGUCAUCUGCUACUUCUCCGCCGGCACCAGAGAAGGCUGGCGCGAAGAUGCCGGCAAGUUCCAAGAUGCGGAUACUGGCAGUGCUGUCUCGGGAGGACCCAAUGGCGAUUGGCCUGAUGAGUUAUGGUUGGAUGUUACGUCGCCGAAUGUGAGGAAUAUUAUGAAGUCUCGUAUUGAGAUGGCUGCGCAAGCCGGUUGUGAUGCGGUGGACCCGGAUAAUGUUGAUGGAUUCGACAACGACACUGGUUUCAAUCAUCCCAAAUCGAAAUAUGUCGAGUACAUCAAAUUCAUGGCGCAGGUCUCCAAGGACAAUAACCUGGCCAUUGGCCUCAAGAAUGCAGUUGACAUGAUCCCUGAAGUCGUCAAUAGCGUCGACUUCGCCGUGAAUGAGCAGUGCCACGAAUAUCCAGGAGAAUGCGCAAAAUACAAGCCGUUUACGGAUCAGAACAAGGCAGUGUUCAACAUCGAGUAU